ACAUAUAUAAUGAGCAGAGCUGGGUAAAUUAGUUAAAAUAUUGCAAUCCAUUACUGAUUCCAAGUUAGAUGGAAAAACUUGGUAACGUAAUCCAUUACAAUUACACAUUUUAUAAUCACACCACUUUUUGAUUACCUUUAUAUCACUUGCUUAUCACACUGAUUUUAAUAGCUUUGUAAAUAAAUACAAAAUAUAUUUCAUUUGUUGCUAACAAUGAAACGAAGCACAUUAGACAUUGCAUUACGUCAAAGUUUUCCAAACUGGGGUUUGUGUUUAAUAAAAAGCCAAUAAUUUCAAAAUAAGGAGCUUACUGAAAGCGAUAGUGUUUUAUUUGUUGACCCAAAAUCAAUGUUGCGGUGUUAAGAAAACACUACUCAAAACUGAAAUCCUUUUUGCAGAUCCGCUUGUUUGAUCUCUGUGGUCUCUCAGUGACUGGUUUCUAUGUGAAUGUGCACAAGACUAGAUCAUUUAUUGCGUGUCUAUUAUGUAAUCAGUAAAAAGCAACUAGCCUGAUUACAGUAUUUUAAAACUGAUUCAAAUUACAAGCAGCCCGCUUCAGGUUUCUGGAUGACUACCCAGCACUGAUGAGGAGGAAAUGAAAACCUCUCAUGAAAACAAAGCAAGGUUCACCUACAGUAUCAGCCCAGAAGAACUCUUCAAUGGGGAAGUUCAUGAAGACACCUGACAGUCUGUUACAGUCUGCCAGAAGCCUAAUUCAGCACAUUAUAGCACCCCUCUGGACAUUCAUGCUCGUCUAGCGAGGAGUUUCCACCGAGGGCGGUGCUACGCUCUUUUCAGGAAGCGCUGGCUCAGAGGAAAUUUUGUUUUCGUGGUAAAUUAAAAAAAAAAAGUUCCUCGUUUGUGACAUUACCAUACCGCCUGGUGUGGUGUGUUUGCACGUCCCGGCGCGCUCCGUCCCCGCGAGGCGAACGCGUCUGCGCGCGAUGACCCGCUAACUAACGACCAAGAGAUGGCCGCGGUAACUCUCGUGGACCUCACGCGCUCUCCGCGCGGCUUCUGCGCGGAAAAGCGCGUCGGCGAGUUCCGCGCGUCGACCGGGGACGGCUCGCAAGAGCGCGUCUUCUUCAUAGCUAACCCGGAGAGCUCCGCGGGGACGGGCGGGUUUCCCAGAAGCUCUAUCCGGGAGAUGUUUAUCGGUUUCGGCGAUUCCCCGCGGGUCCUGUGCGAGAGCUCGCUUUCAGCCGCGUUAUACUCGUUCAAACGGGCCAUAGACGAAGAGGGCGUGAGUAACGUGAAGGUCGUGACUUCGAGCAGCGGGAGAGGAUUGUUUCGGGUCUACCAGGAGCUCCUUUUCACUUCUGCGUACGAGUUCGAGUACAGCGUCGUGUUUGACGAGCCGUCCUGUGAGCGGCGUCCCCCGGGUCCGCGCGCGCCUGACGCUGAACGCGAGCUCAGCGCGUUUCUACAGCACCUACCAGCGCUCAAAGGAGACGUUGCCAUUCUCAGAUCUUCUUUAAUUUCAGACCGCUUCGAUCACGGCUUCUCCACUCGUGCCGGCGGUAUCUCCUACAUCAGCACUUUGAGCUCACUCAACCUCUUCUGUAACCCGCGGCGGAAAGACUCCAGAGCCGUGGUGAACGAGAACCUCCGGAGGCUCGGCCUGAAGGCUGGCUUUCACCCUCAGCACUUCAACCUCAUAAAGUGUAAUCACGCCAGUGAUGUGUGGGUGAUGGGCAAACCCGCCCCCGACAGUUACGACGGGAUGGUGACCAAUCAGGUGGGCGUGGUCAUAGCAGCACCGGGGGCCGACUGCAUGCCGCUGCUCUUCACUGACCCCGUAGCAAAGGUCAUCGGAGUAGCACAUGCAGGCUGGAAGGGGACGCUCAUGGGAAUCGCAAUGGCAACGGUGAAUGCCAUGGUGUCCGAGUUUGGCAGCAGACCUGCAGAUAUCGUGUGUGUGAUCGGCCCUUCUGUCGGACCGUGCUGCUUUACUCUGGAGCGGGAUUCGGCCCGAGAGUUUCACGCCAUACACCCAGACUGUGUUAGACAUAUGGACUCAUCUAGACCUUAUGUCGACAUCAGGCUCGCGACCAGAAUUCUGCUGGCCAGAGGAGGAAUUAAAGCUGAACACAUGGAGGACAUCAGGAUCCCAGACCAAUCUGAGUCUACUCUCUGCACCUCCUGCCAUCCUGAGCUAUUCUUCUCCCAUGUGAGAGAUGGACCCAACUUUGGGACACAGAUUGGCUUUGUGUGGAUCAAAUAAUCCUGCAUUCACCAAGCUCUGAAUGAAUGUGCAGAAACAUUUCAUAUACAUGAGAGAAGAAUCUAAAUGACCGUACAUACAUAUAUUAAUAUAAUAAAUUGAUUGGUAUUGAAUGAUCUCACUUGUAAUUUAUAACUUCCUUUUUUGCUAACUUUAGACUUACUGCUGGUCGGUAUCCUGAUCAGCAGAGUUUUCGAGAUUUUGUCAUUUUUAAGCAGAAUGAAUUGUGACAGUUGUACAGACUAUGUAAUAUACAUUUAUAUUUAAAUAGUAUUUAUAUCCAAAUUGUUCAUUUUGAAAACAUAGUCCUACAUUGCAGAAUUUUUAUUUUUUAAUUUUUUUGGGUUGCUAAAAUGUUAAAAAUAUGUAUUAUAAUAGACAAUUUUAUGUUUUUUUUAAUAAAAUUUGUGAUGUGCGUUGUCCAGACAAUAAAAAAGAUGCCGAAAAAAAAGCCUUUUUCAACAGUAUGUCAACAAUAAUUGGAAGAAAUAAAGAAACCUUGCUAAAAAUA